CGACCCAAACCGCCUACAAUCUCACCACUUUCUCAAAUAUAAACACACAAACACAGUCUCCCUCUCUUAAACUCUUAACACUGCAGCUUUUGAGCUGAGAGAUAUGGCGGUCGACAAUGGUCACAAUACCCCUCUCCUGGUUUCCAACUACAGCGGCCAUGAGGACGGAGAAGAGAAAAUUGGAGUUGUUAAGCAGUUCGGGAUCGAGUCCAAGAAGCUGUGGAAGAUUGCCGGUCCAGCGAUCUUCACCGCCCUCUGUCAGUACUCCCUGGGUGCCCUCACUCAGGUGUUUGCUGGGUUCGUCGGGGACCUUGAGCUAGCCGCUGUCUCCAUCGAGAAUUCUGUCAUCGCCGGACUCGCUUUCGGCGUCAUGUGGGGUAUGGGUAGCGCAUUGGAGACGCUGUGUGGGCAAGCAUACGGUGCGGGACAGAUCAGGAUGUUGGGAGUGUACAUGCAGAGAUCAUGGAUCAUUCUGCUGGUGACCGCCUGUGUAUUGGUCCCCAUCUAUGUGUGGUCCCCACCUAUUCUCGAGCUUAUUGGAGAGACCACUGAGAUCUCUGAGGCCGCUGGAAAGUUUGCGGUGUGGAUGCUUCCACAGUUGUUCGCCUACGCCCUCAACUUUCCAAUUCAGAAAUUCUUACAAGCACAAAGCAAAGUUAGUGUGAUGGCCUGGAUCUCAGUUGCAGUACUUGUAGAACAUGCAUUUUUCAGUUGGUUGUUGAUACUUAAGCUCGAGUGGGGUCUGACUGGGGCAGCGAUCACACUCAACGUUUCCUGGUGGUUCAUAAUUAUUGGCCAGUUGCUAUACAUCUUCAUCACCAAGUCAGAUGGUGCUUGGGGUGGAUUCUCUUGGCUUGCGUUUGCAGACUUGUGGGGAUUUGUUAGGCUCUCUUUAUCUUCUGCUGUCAUGUUGUGCUUGGAAUUCUGGUACUUGAUGGUGCUGGUGGUUAUAACCGGGCGUUUGAAGAACCCUUUGAUCCCAAUUGAUGCCAUCUCUAUUUGCAUGAACAUAAAUGGAUGGGAUGCAAUGAUUGCACUAGGGUUCAAUGCUGCAAUCAGCGUGAGAGUAUCAAAUGAACUUGGAGGUGGUGAUUUCAAGAGGGCCAAAUUUGCAGUGAUAGUAGUUUCGAUAACUUCCAUCGCUAUAGGAAUCGUCUGCAUGAUCGUAGUUUACACGACGAGAGAUUAUUUCCCCUACCUUUUCACCAACAGUGAAGCCGUUGCGGAGGAAACUACUAAACUUGCAAUAUUGCUUGGAAUCACAGUCCUCCUCAACAGCCUUCAACCAGUCUUAUCUGGUGUUGCUGUUGGAGCUGGAUGGCAGUCUCUUGUUGCAUACAUCAACAUUGGGUGUUACUACAUUAUCGGAUUGCCGGCUGGAAUACUUCUUGGAUUCACAUUUAAAUUUGGAGUCGAGGGUAUUUGGUCAGGAAUGAUUGGUGGCAUUCUCUUGCAAACCAUAAUCUUGAUAGUAGUCACUUCCGUAACUAACUGGAAGAAAGAAGCUGAUGAAGCAGAGAGCCGUGUCGCUAAGUGGGGAGGAGGAGGAAGAGAUGCAGAUAUGUAAAUCGAAGACGAAAACUUCAAAAUUAAUUAAGGGGUGACAGUCACACAGAGCUUUUGCAGAAACCAUCGGCAGUGCAGUUAUGCAUUGGCAUUGAGCUAAGCAAGAUUUUGAUGCUAAAUCCCGGAAGUAACGGAUAAUAGCGGAUAGCUGGUAUUGCCAGAACUCAGAAGCAGAGAAAACUGGUGAGGCGUCGAUUUUGUUUGUAUUUAGAAUGGUGUUGGUUAUUCAAUUCUAAUAAAGUUUCCAAUACUAUCGGCAACAUGCUCGCAAAAAUGA